GUACACAGUCGACCGUCCUCCCACUUCGACCUCCAGCGUAGAUCUGCCGGGGAGCAGCGGCGGUGACAGCUGGUCCGAGCUCAUCGCCUCCAUUACGGCUUCACGAAUAUUAGGUUACGAUCCUGUGGUCCUCGACUUCAACGACCGCCAUGACCUCGCCUGCACCUUAUGUUCCAUACCAGCCGUACAAGUCGAAGAGACAUGCGCGAAAUACCUCAAAUCAGUCUGCGUCUAACAGCGCAGCCUCGCCGCAGCCGCGUCCUUCGUCCGUGGUCAGCAAUGGAUUUACAAACAGCGAGCCGGCCUUCCACCAGAGGACGGGAAGCCUGACAAAUGCUGAAUCUCAUGCACGCCCCAGCUCGUCGCCGACUGGGAGAGCUGGCAUGUCAAGGCCAGCGUCCAUGUUUGACACUUUUCCUCAGGCUGCUUCCGGUCAUUCCGACUCGACCAUCUUUUCCUUUCCUGUGCGAAGUACCAGCGUCAUACAUAACCCUGCACCGGAAGCUCCUCCGACACCGUCACCAGUGCCUUCAGUCGCGUCCCCUCCGCCUACUGCCAUUACUUCACUACACACACCUACGUACCUACCGUCUCCCGGGAAACCGCCAACCCCUUCUGUCGAUGGAUCCGACGAAAAGCAAUUGCCGUCUACGCUAUCUGUGGCACCCGCUGCGGUGAUCUCGCCAUCGCUGCCGAAUGGCGGCACGUCUUCAUCGUCACAACCAGUUGCAGGGCCGUCGACUUCUGUCGCUUCGACUGAUGCACCACCGCCCUCCCCGCGGAAGACUUCGACAUUCCGCCAUCUUCCGUUGCGCAACCCUAAUGCGCGGCCCCCGCUACCGUCAUCCCCACUGCGACCAGCAGAGACGCAUUCGCGCACGCCGUCAAUGGCCUCCACGCAGUCACGACAACUCGAGCCACCUCCAAUCGCGCACACGCCCAGCCAGGGAUCUUCCGGUACUCCCUCCCCCUCUGUUACAGCUGCGUACGAAAGAGCAUUACCCGCAGUUCCGAGUCUUGACAUCGCACCGAGGCAGACAAGCUCGCCUGAGGAUACCGUGGUGCAGACGCCCAGGACUCCGACUUCUCCUUCGCCAGGUACCCCACCUCACGUACACUCACUAGGCCCAUCUCCUAGACCUCAAAUGCGUGUGUUGUCCCCUGCACCGGGCCCAUCUACAACUCAACCGCCAUCUCCUGCUGUGCCUCAAUUUGGACGCGAGCGCUCUAUCGCACGGUCUCCCGCGCCGUACCGCCCAGGCUUCCAACCUAAGGGCGUAUAUCGUCCUCGUACAGACGAGUUCGUUGAAGCGCGCAAGGCGAAUCGUGACGUCGGGCGCAUUGAGCGUACCAGGCUCGAACGACGGUUUGAAAAGCUCAUGCAUCUGCAUUUCCCAUCUGAGUCCCAAAAAGAGAAGGAGAAGCUGACAAGUGACAAGCGUCCACCUCCACGUCCCAACAAGCGGUUAUCAUCCAUCUUCGAGAUGGACUUUUCGGAGUUGCGGAGUAAGAGCGCGAGCGACUUGUGGAGGGAUGUCGUUCAAUCUCAGGUUGCCUCGGGAGGCAAGAACGAUAUUCGAGCUACAGAACAGACCAUAACGCCUUGGGAGGAUGAUGCCUUGGUGACACAUUGUCCCCUCUGCAACUCAGCCUUCCAUCCUCUGACAAAUCGCAAACAUCACUGUCGCCUAUGCGGGCGAAUCAUAUGCUCGUUACCGGUCAAAGUCCCACAGCGUCCUCAGCCUUGUUCCCUACUGUUCGUUGCUGACUCGAACACGGGCCGCAUAGAGGAGGUCAGUGAGGGCGUGGAUUAUGGGGUACGCCGCCGGCCUAGUGCAACACCCCAAGCGAGAGGUCAGAAAGAGGAGAAAAUGAGUGAGGACGAGAAGUUCCUCAAGGGUGUGCGGAUAUGCCGGGACUGCCGACCAGUAUUGCUUCGUGAGCAAUACAAGCAUGAGUCUCGCAGCAUACCGAUUUUCUUCAGGCUCUACGACGCUUUCAUCAGCCUCGAGAAGGAGAUUGAAGAUUCGUUGCCGCAGUUCCAGGAACUCAUGCUUACGCUGAGCAAGCGCGAGCAACCUACGCCGGAGGCUUCUGCGGCCCGCAAGAGGCUGUUGGAGGCCUUUGGGCAAUAUGAUGCUCUUGCAAAGCGCAUACGACAACUUCCCACUGCAGCUGGUCCUGGUAGCUCGCAGGACCGCAUACAAGCGGCCAUCGCCAGUCGUGCGAACCAGUUCUUGCAGAAGAACAUGUUUCCACUUCAGUCGUUACCGAAAGCAACCAACGGUACAAAGUCACCAGCCUCGACGACGUCGACGCCGGAAGAGUCCCAGAUUGAUCCCGAUUCGGAACUCGCCCGCACUCUCCAACCACUAUUGGAACAGGAAGCGCUGCUCGAGACGUUCGUCGAGGAGGCGAAAGCUCAUCGGAAGUUCGAGGAUGCCAAAACACUGAAGACCAACCUCCAGGAAAUCAGAGCCGAGAUCAAUCGGAUCGUAGCCAGUGCGGACGCGAGUGUGGCGGGAAACUCUCGGAGAGGAUCAGCCAGGGCGAAGCAUUCAUAGGGGGGCACACCAUCUAAAUUCACGCAUGGAUCUUGACGCAACGUAGUCAUUAUUUGCAUAUAGCCUUCCGUUCCGGGGACAGUCGCUCUGCUUGCACCGUAAUAAUAGAUGACCAUGCCCACCGGGCUGCAUUGAAA